UAGUGCUAGAAAAAGAAGCGGAGGAGAGGGGGAUAAAAGGGGAACCUUGUAGAGAGUGAGAGAGAACCAGAGACAAGGGAAGUUGUGACAGUGAGAGAGAAGAAGAUAAACAAGGCAAAAGACAACAACAGAGAGUCAGAGGUGAAGUCAGAGGACAGGAUAGGAGAGUUGUGACUUGUGGACCAAAGAGGCAGAGAAAUUAAUACAUGUAGCGAGAAAGAAAAAGGGGACAAAAGGAGAGCGACACACGAGACAGAAACUGAGCCGGGAACCACAGAUAAAGAUGCAUGCCUUCCUGCUGCUUGGCUGCCUUUUACUUGCUGCGACAGAGUACCUCCUCACCUCAGCCCACAUGAUCCCUGAUGAGAGACUCGCCACCAAUAAGGUCCUUGUAUCCAAUGCUCUUUCUCAAAGCCUAGACACAGGCCCACCUCCUGUUGUUAUUGUAGAGUUGCCGAAAUCGUUGAGGAAGAACAAGAAGACAAAGAAACAAAAAAAGAAGAAAUUAAGUGUGAAGAAGCGUCCUCCUCCUCCUGCUAACUGCAUUCCCUUGUGGGGAAGCUGUAAAUCUCCAAACAAUGUGUGCUGUGACUUUUGUGCUUUCUGCCAGUGUCGGCUCUUCAGAACUGUCUGUUUCUGUCGAAUGGGCAACCCUCGAUGCUGAACAGCCACCCGCAGCCCAGCCCAGCUCCAAGCUAAAACAACAAAACAUGUUAGAGUAAACCACUUGAAGUGAACAGUGAGAGGUCACUCAAUUCUAGUCCUUUGUUUGUAAUGUUGCCCAAAAUUCUCUGCAUGAAAGCACUUUAUUACAGAGGACUGCACCACAGAGAACUUCCCUAAUAUUGUACAUGGUUUACUGCUUAUAAAACUGAUAUUACAAUCACAAAUGUUUAUUUUACUUUGAGCUUUCAAUACACAUAAAUUUGAUAUGUUUGCUCAAAUUAUUUUAUUCAUUGCUUUAUGACACAGAAAUAUAUUAAAAGUGCAGAACCAAAUAUUUUAUGAAGCCUUGUAAGAAUAA